AUGGAGGCUGCCAUUGCGUGCACGACGAGCAGAGCCCUCGCCCCGUUAGUUCGCGGCGGUCCGUCAAGCGCGCCUCGAAGGUCGUUCUGGAAGGGAUCAGCUCGGAACGACGUCUCGCGAGGCGCAUUUUUCGGGGAAAGCUCAGGCUUUGACGCCGGACAGCGAUUGGUUCGAACCACUCCAAACCGACGGAAUCCAACUGUCCGCGCGGCGGGUAACACCUUCGGCACCGCAUUUCGGGUUACCACAUUCGGCGAAUCGCACGGCGGAGGAGUAGGCUGUGUCGUCGACGGUUGCCCCCCGCGCCUGCCACUCACAGAGAAGGACCUCCAGGUCGACCUGGACAGGCGUCGGCCGGGCCAGUCGCGCAUCACCACUCCUCGCAAGGAGACAGACACGUGCCGGAUUCUGUCAGGCACUGCUGAUGGAGUGACGCUCGGAACACCCAUCGCUGUUCUCGUGCCAAACCAGGAUCAGCGGGGAGGGGACUACUCUGAGAUUGCAGUGGCUUACCGCCCGUCCCAUGCCGAUGCAACAUACGACUUCAAGUACGGCGUGCGGGCCAUUCAGGGAGGAGGCAGGUCAUCAGCUCGCGAAACUAUUGGCCGAGUGGCGGCAGGCGCAAUUGCCAAGAAGCUUCUGGCCCUCCACUCAGGCACUGACGUGCUCGCGUUUGUGUCACAAGUGCACCAUGUGGACCUGCCAGAGGAUGCUAUUGACCUCGAUACAGUCACACUGGAUCAGGUUGAGGCCAACAUAGUGCGUUGCCCCAAUGCGGCAGUGGCCGAGAAAAUGAUUGAUGCUAUUGAUGCUGUGAGGGUGAAGGGAGACUCGUGUGGUGGCGUGGUGACGUGCGUGGCGAGGAACGUUCCGCGGGGGCUGGGCUCGCCAGUGUUUGACAAGCUGGAAGCAGAGCUAGCACGGGCACUCAUGUCUCUGCCCGCCACCAAGGGGUUCGAGAUUGGGAGCGGCUUCUCAGGCACGCGCAUGCUGGGAAGUGAGCAUAAUGACGAGUUCUAUGUGGCUCCGGGCGGGGCCAUUCGCACGCGCACUAACCGCUCGGGGGGCAUUCAGGGGGGCAUCUCAAACGGGGAGAACAUUGUGGUGCGCGUGGCAUUCAAACCGACGUCUACCAUCACGAGGAGUCAGCGCACGGUGACUCGUGAGGGCGUCGAGACAGAGCUCAAGGCACGUGGCCGGCACGACCCCUGCGUGGUGCCCAGAGCUGUCCCUAUGGUGGAAGCAAUGGUAGCGCUGGUGCUGGCAGAUCAGCUGCUGCAGCACGUGGCUCAGUGCGACCUGCUGCCUGCUGAAGCCCUCGCCCCUGCUGCUGGUGUUACGGGCGGUAACCAGCGGGAAGCUACACUGUCGGAGCAGUCUGCUAUGUAUAGCGAGCAAUGA